AUGAAGGCAUCAAUGAGCUCCUCAAGUAAGUCAAAGACGGUCCCUCUAGGGGACCAGGAAAAGGAAGGGUAUUCCAUAACGAAAUCUUUCAAACGUGGCGAAUCAAGCUCUUCCAUCCCAGUUUCGGCCAUAGAUACGGACCAGUCCGUAGACCGACCAGACAGAAAGGGAGGACCCAUAGAUGAAGAUCUGUACCCACGAAAGCUACGGAGAAGCCGGACAACUUUCACGACUUUUCAGUUGUAUCAGCUGGAGCGAGCUUUCGAAAAGAACCAGUAUCCGGACGUGUUUACUCGUGAGGACCUGGCUGUGCGUUUGAACCUCUGUGAAGCACGUGUUCAG